AUGCCGUUUCUAUCCCCUUUGCUGAAUAUCGAGGACCUAGCGCAAGCAGAUGUCCUUCCGGACUUCAUACAGAAUCGGUCAGCCAUACACCCUAAGACCUUCCUUUUCGCAGAUUCCCGCUUUGUGGCACUUGGCUACUGGCACCGCGUUUUAUCCAACAUGCACACCGAAGGGCGAAUCUCGUUCUUCUCUGAAACCGACGCCAACGCGGAGAAUUCUCCGUAUGGGAUACAAUUUGAACCCGAUGCUAUUAAAAACUUACACCUCAUCAAUCCAGUUACUGGUUAUCAUUCUCUGGUUGCCCAGAAAGAAACGUACAAGUUUCUCGUAUCGUAUCUUUUGACGCCUAUGGAGCCUUCUAUUGAGUCCACGGCUAGCUCAGGAGGGGACAAUCAAACCCAGCCCCUUUCGAUACUGAGUUUGACUGCUCGGCUACAAUAUGGGAGACCAGACCACAUUGUAUGGAAAAAUGUGAGGAGUAUUUUAAAGGCGUCCGCUGAUGAAGCUCAUGACGAUCUGUAG